AUGUACCGCGAUACCGGCGGAUUGCUUCUGGAUGACGCUCUCCUAAAUGAUCAUCUUAUGUUCGAAUUUUCGCCUGCAGAAAGUCUUAUCAACUUCGAAUUACCAUCGAACGUUAAUGCAGAAUGUAAUUUUGUUGAUUGGCAACUUAGUGAUUUGGACUUCAAUUGUGAUACUUUUAUUCAUGGCCUGGACAGUUCAAACAGAGAUUCUAAUUUUGAAGAUAGUUCACCGAUACUUUUCGAUUUCGAUGAUUUGGACAAAAAUAUUGACUUAGACGAUUAUCUUCUGGAAGCCAUAACUAGUGAUAAGUCUAACGACGUGCUGCAAUCGAGGAUAGAAACUUCACAGAGUGGUGAUGAUACAUCUCUAGGUGGGCUUUCUGUACUUGGAAUAGAUUUAGAGACAACGUCCGUUCAGAACGUUCAACACACCGACCGACCGGCUGCUUUAAGUAAAAGUGGAAAAGUGCGGUACCUUGUAUCACAAGAGACUAAAAUUCAGACAUGGGGCGAGCCUACGUUUUGCCCGGAACUCGGAGCCUUUCGAUGUCCGGUAGAGGAGUGCGGAAAGCUAUAUGCAAAAACGUCGCACGUUCGCGCGCACUUACGACGCCAUAGUGGCGAGAAGCCCUACCAAUGUACGUGGGGAGGCUGUAGUUGGCGGUUUGCACGAUCCGACGAAUUGGCGCGACAUCGUCGAAGCCAUUCAGGUGACAAGCCUUACCGGUGCGGCGAGUGCGGUAAGAGGUUCGCGCGUUCUGAUCAUCUCGCGAAGCACGGCCGCGUACACGCGCGCCGUGCUGCAGCCGCCGCCGCAGCUACUAAAAGAGCAUCCUCGCAUUCUCACCGAACCAGAAGACUGUUU